GACUGCCUGGUGCGUUGAAAGAGAGAGAGAAGGGAGGGGGGAUGGGAAGGAUCUUGCUUGGAUGAGGAGCAAGCAGGCAGGCAGGCAGCAGCAUCAUCUCUUUUGUGGCGCGCUGCUGAGGGAACUUGCCGCCUAGAGCCGUGCAGGGCGCUCACUCCUCGCAGGCGCGCACAGCGCCACCGCCUCUCCCGCACUGGCCGCCGCAGGGACAGCGACAGCCUCCGUUACAGGCGCAGAACUGCUUGCUGCAGCGGCACCAUGGCGCAAGCCGCUAAGCAGCUCCGCAAGAACAAGGACCUUCAGGAGCUCGCAGCUCAAGAGCAGCGAGAGAAGGAGGAGGAGAAGAUCAAGAAGAGGAACCGAUCGAGAGACCGUAGACGCAAGGCAGAUACAUCAACCAGUUUCCUCCGUGCUGCACGCUCAGGUAAUCUAGAAAAGGCUCUGGACCAAAUAAAAAAUGGAAUAAACAUCAACACAGCCAAUCAGAAUGGGCUUAACGGGUUGCACUUGGCCUCCAAAGAGGGCCAUGUUAAGAUGGUGCUGGAGCUGCUGCACAAUGGAAUUGACUUGGAGACUACUACAAAGAAAGGGAAUACCGCCCUUCAUAUUGCUGCUCUGGCCGGUCAAGAGAAAGUGGUUGCUGAACUGAUCAAUUAUGGUGCCAACGUCAAUGCCCAGUCUCAGAAAGGUUUCAGUCCCCUGUACAUGGCAGCACAGGAGAACCACUUGGAAGUGGUGAAAUAUCUACUUGAACAUGGAGCCAAUCAGAGCCUUCCAACUGAGGAUGGCUUUACUCCUUUGGCGGUAGCUCUUCAGCAGGGUCACGAGAACGUGGUGGCCCUCCUGAUAAACUAUGGCACCAAGGGCAAAGUGCGUCUGCCGGCCCUGCACAUCGCGGCACGCAACGACGACACGCGCACUGCUGCCGUACUCCUGCAGAAUGACCCAAACCCAGAUGUCCUCAGCAAAACCGGCUUUACUCCUCUCCACAUCGCAGCCCAUUAUGAGAAUCUCAGUGUUGCACAGCUUUUGUUAAACAGAGGAGCCAAUGUGAACUUCACGCCGAAGAAUGGCAUUACUCCAUUACAUAUCGCUUCAAGAAGGGGCAAUGUGAUUAUGGUGCGGCUUCUGUUGGACAGAGGAGCUCAGAUAGAUGCCAAGACAAAGGAUGAACUGACGCCGCUACAUUGUGCAGCCAGGAAUGGUCAUGUACGUGUGGUGGAGAUCCUGCUAGACCAGGGUGCUCCCAUUCAGGCCAAGACCAAGAACGGCCUGUCUCCCAUCCACAUGGCUGCUCAGGGUGAUCACAUGGACUGCGUGAGGCAGCUGCUGCAAUACAACGCAGAGAUCGAUGACAUCACCCUGGACCACCUGACCCCGCUGCAUGUUGCAGCCCACUGUGGGCACCACCGCAUGGCAAAGGUGCUGUUGGACAAGGGGGCAAAAGCUAAUGCCCGUGCUCUGAAUGGAUUCACUCCAUUGCACAUUGCCUGCAAGAAGAACCACAUGCGGUCCAUGGACCUUCUGCUGAAGCACUCAGCUUCUCUGGAGGCCGUGACUGAGUCGGGUCUGACCCCUCUUCAUGUGGCUGCGUUCAUGGGGCAUCUCAAUAUAGCGAAGAGUCUGCUUCAGAGAGGAGCUUCACCCAACGCAUCUAAUGUGAAAGUGGAGACCCCUUUGCACAUGGCUGCCAGAGCGGGGCACUGUGAGGUGGCUCAGUUCCUGCUACAAAACAAUGCGCAGGUGGAUGCCAAAGCGAAGGAUGAUCAAACCCCCUUGCAUUGUGCGGCUCGAAUGGGACAUAAGGAGUUGGUGAAGCUGCUCUUGGAACAUAAGGCCAAUCCAGAUUCGACCACCACGGCAGGUCACACUCCUUUGCACAUCGCCGCCCGCGAGGGACACGCCCAAACCACACGCAUCCUGCUUGACGGGAAUGCCCAACAAACCAAAAUGACCAAGAAAGGAUUUACUCCUCUACAUGUAGCAUGUAAAUACGGGAAAGUGGAUGUGGCGGAGCUGCUUUUGGAAAGAGGGGCCAAUCCCAAUGCAGCCGGAAAGAAUGGCUUGACCCCUUUGCACGUGGCCGUCCAUCACAACAACCUUGAUGUAGUCAAGCUGCUGGUCAGCAAGGGCGGCUCUCCGCACAGCACUGCGAGAAACGGCUACACAGCCUUGCAUAUCGCAGCCAAGCAGAACCAACUAGAGGUGGCAAGCAGUCUGCUGCAGUAUGGCGCUAAUGCCAACUCAGAAUCACUACAGGGCAUCACCCCGCUUCACCUGGCGUCACAGGAGGGGCAGCCUGAUAUGGUGGCACUGCUCAUCUCCAAACAGGCCAAUGUUAACCUGGGCAACAAGAAUGGGCUGACACCUCUGCACCUGGUUGCUCAGGAAGGGCAUGUGGGCAUUGCAGACAUGCUGGUGAAGCAGGGUGCUUCAGUCUAUGCAGCCUCAAGGAUGGGCUACACACCCUUACAUGUGGCAUGUCAUUAUGGGAACAUAAAGAUGGUAAAGUUCUUACUCCAGCAGCAAGCACAUGUUAACAGCAAGACAAGAUUGGGAUACACUCCUUUACAUCAAGCAGCCCAGCAAGGUCAUACAGACAUCGUCACCCUGCUGCUAAAACAUGGAGCCCUGCCCAAUGAAAUCACCACUAAUGGGACAUCACCUCUGGGUAUCGCUAAGCGGCUAGGCUACAUCUCUGUCAUUGAUGUGCUGAAACUGGUGACUGAGGAAUCCAUAUCUAUGAUCACCACCGAGAAGCAUCGCAUGAGUUUCCCGGAGACGGUGGAUGAAAUACUGGACGUGUCGGAAGAUGAAGGAGUUGCUCAGCUAACAUUAGGUGAUGAACUUCUCGGGAUGGAUGGGGCUCGCUAUUUGAAGCUGGAUGACCUGAAAGACCAGGAUGAUGAUUUUCUGUCCCCCAAGAAAACCCUGAGAGACUUUGAGAGCGGGAUGGGCAUGACACCUUACUCACCCGCAAUUCCCAGAAUUCCAUGUGUGUCACCUGAAACUGUCAUGUUGGACCAGCACACACCUGUCCCUUUGCCAAAGGAGUAUGACGAGGACUCUCUAAUCCCCAGUAGUCCAGCCACAGAGACCUCAGACAACGUUAGCCCAGUGGCCAGCCCCAUCCACACUGGGUUUCUGGUCAGCUUCAUGGUGGAUGCGAGAGGCGGGUCCAUGCGUGGCAGCAGGCAUAAUGGUCUGCGUGUGAUCAUCCCACCGCGCACCUGCGCAGCCCCCACACGCAUCACCUGCCGUCUGGUCAAACCGCAGAAACUCACCACCCCACCUCCUCUCGUGGAGGGAGAGGGACUCGCGUCUCGUAUUAUCUCUCUAGGGCCUUCCAGUAUGCAGUUUCUGGGGCCAGUGAUAGUGGAGAUCCCUCAUUUUGCAUCCUUGAGCCGAGGUGAUCGGGAACUAGUGGUUCUCCGAAGUGAGAAUGGCUCUGUAUGGAAAGAGCAUCGGAACCGCUAUGGCGAUGACGUUCUUGAGACCAUCCUUAAUGGAAUGGAUGAAGAUCUGGAAAGUCAGGAGGAGCUGGAGAAGAAAAGAAUCCGCCGCAUCAUCUCCACAGACUUCCCUCUCUACUUCGCUGUGGUAUCUCGUAUCCAGCAGGAGAGCGAUCUUAUAGGUCCAGAGGGAGGUCAGCUGACAAGUAAGCUGGUGCCCCAGGUUCAGGCCAUUUUCCCUGACACGGCGGUCACUAAGAGGGUCCGACUUGGCCUACAGGCCCAGCCAAUCCCUGAUGAGCUGCUGACUCGGCAAUUAGGAAACCAGGCCACAUUCAGUCCCGUUGUGACAGUGGAGCCUCGUCGACGCAAAUUCCACCGACCAAUCGGGCUGCGUAUCUGUUUGCCUCCAUCCUGGAGGGAGAGUCCACGCGAUGCCGGAGAAGGAGACACUACCAGCCUCCGCCUCCUCUGCAGUGUUAUUGGUGGCACUGCUCCCGCUCAGUGGGAAGACAUCACUGGCACUACCAAGCUCAUGUAUUCCCACAACUGUGCCAACUUCACCACCAAUGUAUCCGCAAGGUUCUGGCUGACGGACUGUCCUCGAACGGCGGAGGCCGUGACCUUCGCCAACCUGCUGUACCGUGAGCUGAUGUCAGUUCCGUAUAUGGCCAAAUUUGUGGUAUUUGCUAAGAUGAACGAUGCCAGAGAGGGCCGUCUGCGCUGUUACUGCAUGACCGAUGACAAAAUAGACAAAACCCUUGAGCUGCAUGAGAACUUCUCCGAAGUGGCCCGCAGCAGAGACAUAGAGGUGAUGGAGGGGAUGCCGCUGCACUUAGAAUGUUCCGGAAACCUGGUGCCUGUGAGGAAAACCACCCAGCAGCCACGUAGCUUCAGUUUCCAAGCCUUCAGAGACAACCGGCUACCUGUCUCUGUAAAGGUGAGAGACGCCAAUAAGGAAGCCACUGGGUUCCUGUCCUUCCUGCGCAAGUCUACUAAGUACGAGGACACGCAGCACGUGCUGUGCAACCUCAACAUCACCAUGCCUCCCUGCGUCAAGGUGGUGGGUAGCGAUGAGCGGCGGAGAACGUUGACCCCUCUCGCCCUGAGGGAGAGGUACAGCGCCCUGAACGAGCCUGGCCUGGCCACUGUGAAUGCCAUAGAGAGAACCGAGCUAAAGAUCACUGUAAUAGCAGAACAGCUGGGACUGAGCUGGACCGAGCUGGCGAGGGAGCUGCAGUUCAGUGUGGAUGACAUUAACCGGAUCAGAGUGGAAAAUCCCAACUCGCUCCUGGACCAGAGUUCAGCUCUGCUCAACCUUUGGGUCAGCCGAGAGGGCAAGAAGGCCAAGAUGGAGAACCUUUAUGGAGCUUUGAAGAACAUUGACCGGUCAGAUAUUGUGAAGUCUCUGGAGGCUCAGGCUCCGCAGGUGCUUCCCGAGGCGCUGGAGGAAGGAGCCUGCAGACUGGCUGAUCGUGACUCCACUCUGCUUUCCCCUAGUGUCAUCAACGGUUACGAGCUGGUGCAGGAGGAGCUGCUCUCCCCCGCUUCUAUGCAGUACAGCCUGCCCUCUCCACUGGGCGUCGAGCCCUACUGGCAGGAAGUGUCGAGUCUGGAGUGCGCGCCCAUCGCCACCACUGAGGAGGACACUAUGAUGGAGAUGUCAGACGUGCAGGUGUGGCCAGCAGGGGUCAGUCCAUCCCUGGUGACCGUGGAAGACUCAUCUCUGGAUGGUAGUAGCCGUGCGGAUGACUCGGAGGCUAAUACGUUGAGCCUGCCAUGCAGCAGUUUAGGGAGGCCCAGCAGUGGAGCCAGUGGGGCAAGUGGCUCCAUCAUGGAGCUGGAGGAAGAGGAGGAGGAAGAGGAGAUUGAGGAAGAUGACAUACAGCACGAGCCGGUGUCGGCAAGUGUAGAAAAGGCAUGGGCCAGUGGUGCCGUCCCAAAGGCCAACUAUAACGGGCAGGCUGGAGGUCAGAGGUCGGAGGGCAAGAGGACAGAGGUUGCAGCGGCGGCGGGUGGCAGUUUGACGGGUGUAGCUAGAGGAGGAGGAAAGAGUGGAAAAGAGGCAAGUUCAGAGGAAAAGUUUUCUGUUCUUACAGGGCAACAGCUCUACGCUCAGUUGUGCGAGAGAACCGGACUGACCCGAGCCCUUGAACACAACGGGGACAGGCUCAGCGGCGGUGCCUUCCAGCCUUACUCGCAGGAGAAAGACUCCUUCCACAGCUGGUCCCAACCCAAAGCGAGGCAGACCAUGGAGGCCGUGGUGUCAUCGUCCCCGGACCACAAUCAGUCACGUGUAGCACAGGAGGCCCUACUUACACCGGUAUGUGAUACAGGCCAUUCGGAGGUCCUGCGGGGGCGUCUGCUGGGCACUCAGCCCUUUGAUAAAGGGCUGGGCUUCUCCCAUCAGGAGGGGGAAUUACGGGCAUGGGACCAGGACAGACGGAAGGCACAGAAGGAUGAUCCAAUAGAUCUCUCCAGUGAUCAUCUACAUGAAGAGCAGUUUACUGAUGAGCAUGGGAAUGUUGUGAGCAAGUUGGGCAUGGAUGUGAAAAGGGAUGUCCAGACCGUGAAGCACUCCAGUCUACGGAGAGUAAAGCACUGAAACAAACAAACUGUCCUGAAGGGUCGAACAUCCACUGCCAAAUCAUCUUUCACCUACGCACGACUGGGAGAUAGGACGAGACAUGGAGCGAUAAUGGGAAAAAACAAAACAUGCAGCGAAAGAACAACACACCGCGCCAAAUCCUAGUCAAGCAACCAUGGAGCGCCACAGAAAACAACAAGGAGAUGGAGUUCUCUACCUGUAGUUUUGUAACAUUUUUAACAGUAGAAAAAAGAAACAUACAACUAGCAUAGGGCAUGAACUUUUUAUACAAAACGUGAAGAAAACCACCAAAAAAAGCAACAAAAGUGCUUCCUGUCAACUGUAAACGCAUGACUGACUGCUGGUGCAUGACCUAUGAGCUGUCAUUAUCUAAAAAACUGAAGGGGUACAAGGUAAAGGGCCGUUCCAGGACUGGCAGCGGGGAGGGAAAAAACCUUUGGAUCUUAAAAAAAAAAACGAGAGACUCUUGAAACAAAGGGUCUUGGGAACACAACAGCCCAAAAAAAGCAACAGUUCUUUAUUUUGUCAAACUGAUUGUCAUUACACAGCAGCAUAGUGGAUGCUAAGCCCGUCACGUCAUUUCCCACAGGCCCUUUAUCCUGUUAUUCAAUGUGAUAUAUGCACUCUAAUGCUACGUGAAUGUGCGUCGGUGUGUGUCGGUAUCUAACGCAUGUGUACUCGCUUCUAGCUUGGUACUGAGCUUUUUUUCUGGAUCGGUCAGAGCUCAUUUGGUGUUUGCCAUGGGAAUGACAACAAGCCACUGUGCUCUCCUGCUCGUGAGCGUCCGCCUUCGUUUAUUUCCAUUUUGUGAAGCGUAUCCGUGUUCCUUUGAACUGUCAGACACCUUUUAGUCUUAUAUCUCUCAUUUUGAAUUUCAAGCCCCCCUGUUUAAAAAAAAAAAAACGAACUGAUUUAUUUGUUGCAGGUAGUGUAGCUUUGUACGUAACACCCAAAAUGGCAACCUAAGGAGGGCAUGUGCUUUCUCUGUCUGACAGUUCACAACUCUAACCUCUGACCUACCGACCAUCCGUUCAUCCACAUUUGUAGCUCAGCUACUUGACUAAAACCGCCAUGUCGGACCGAUUUCAGACUAAUGUAGCAUUGCAUGCUGGUUAACACAGCUUUUCAUGCUGUUCUCUUGGGCCCGCACUCGGCCCGGAUAUUUUUAUUUAUUUUCUAUUUAUUAAUCAAGCUGUGCUGUUGGGGAAAAAACGAUUGUAGCUGUGAUGUGUGGGGCUUGGGGACUAUCUCUGAGUAACUGCCUUUGUAAUGUUUGGGAUUUCGGAUGAAGUUACGCGACAAGGAAGCGUCUUAAACGAUUAUUCUUUUUGUUUGUUUGUUUGUUUGUUUGUUUUUCAUUUAGAUGUACAGUUAAAAAUAGACUGAUAAAUAUACAGACAGCACUGUGAAAGUCCACCUUAAAAUUGACCCCUGAACUGUGAACUCACAACUGUCUGUCUCACUUUUUGGCUUCAAAUGUUUCACUUUUACCAGUACCAACACACACGAACAAGGUUAUAUGGUAACUAGCUUAAACUACUUCUAUUGCAAAUUCAUUAUUAACGUCAUUUGCAUGUGUUUUUUAGUUGUUAUUCUUUUUUUAACUACGAAAGAGCCCAAACAUACACAAAACUCUUGAAGUAUAGUCUACCAAAGCAAUAAUAUCAAACGUGCCGCAACAGUUGGAAUACUGCAUUGUUGUCGGUGUGUGUGUGUGUGCGUUUUUCUGUCUAUGAGCGCUUGUGUGUUCAGUAUAUACUGUAUUAACUCGAAAUGUUAGUAGCAUUUGUAAGACGUAUACGAUUCAAGAGAUAUAACAGCAUGCAUGAGUAUCUCACACCGUAUGCAAUUACGUGAUCUACAUGCCAACUCCAGUUCACUGAACGGUAGCUGUUUCACUUUAAUAGACAAGGUUUCUUUGAACGGCUGGCAAGCAUAAUGAAAUCAGGUACGGUGCUCAACAUUUAAUCACAGCACAGUAGCUUACAUAGUCACAAGCACACCGUGAUAUACUGGCUCACACAUAUGUGUAGUUUAAGUUGAGGGAUGUCAUUGAAUGAGUGAAUGAAUAAAUGAACUUAACCUCCAAACAAAAAAACAAAAAAAAGAUUUAUGGAAUGCAUGGACAAUUGGACGAAUGACAAUGAUUGUAUUUUCAUAUUUAAAAAAAAAAGUCUAAUCAGAUCAGUUGAUUUCAUGAAAUUGUGUGCUUUGUGAGAAUGCACACGUCCCUUCGCUUUAAAACCCUCAUGAGUUUUUCCUUCACUGUAUAUUGUUUUCUACAGUUCACUCAGGUUUAUGUUGACAGAUGAUUUCUCUUCCAUUAUUCUAGUUAAUACACAUGUAACGGUAAAUCCUACAUCCACUCAAAGGAGUAUAAGGAUUAUCAGGGGUGUUGGGAAGUGGGUAAGGGAAGUGACCUCAGCAUGAAGGACAUGGAUACAUGUUCAAUAUCUUAUCGCUGCUGUAAUUGUUAACUGAGACAUACAAUUCCUGGAAAUGGGGGAAAGGAAGAGAAUGUUUUUAAUUAAUUCAUUAAUUUAUAUUUAUUUAUUUAUUUAUUUUUGGUUUGUUUAAGGAACAAAACGAUUUAACAUUGCAAUCAUUAUGUAUUAAAAAAGAGUUUAUGUACAAUGUUUAACUGUUGCAAAAAUAGACUUCACCUAUACUCCUUUAGAAUGGAUUAAUGACAAUAUAAACGCAAUAUCAUAUUACUCUGUACUAAGGAAUGCAACUGCGCACAUGCACAGAAAAAUAUGUUUUUAAUAAAGAAUAUAUGUAUAAAUAUAUGACAAACUAUAUUUAAUUAGAAUGCUAUGCACCCUUAUUAGAGUUGUUAUGGAUGUACUUUAAAUAUAUUAGUUAGAAUCCCGUAAUACAUACAUGCCCAUGUCAUGGGGAAUGUAGAGGCUUUGUAGCUAUUUGAACAUGUUUUAAUUUCCUUUUUUUUUUUAUUGUAACGGAGACAGGAAAUACGAACAUUGAAUAUGUAUUCAAGCCUUUUAUUCAGAUUCAUUCUGAUAUGAAGAUAUGUAUAGAUCAUUUACCCUGCACACCAGCUCAGAUCAUUUACAAAAAUUAAUAAAGAAAGAUGUGACAUAUUGUGAAACUGUGUGCGUGUGUAAGAGAAUGUGCCAAAUAUUACUGAUAUGCAUUUAUCAAUCUAGCAGGCUAUUA